ACGCGUAGCCUUAGUUGGGAGGAGCUUUGACUGUUCGUUGCCCAAUUAGAAGCUCGGGCGGUUGCCCAACUACGGGGCGAGGCGGUUGCUGUUCUGCACCUAUAGGAAGUAAUCCGCGUUCUGUGACAUCCAAUGGUGAAGCAGAGAGAUGGCGGAGCAGGGGUUCCUCAUGGAGGUCUGUGUGGAUUCUGUGGAGUCCGCAGUAAAUGCUGAACGAGGAGGUGCUGGAAGGAUUGAGUUGUGCGCUAGUCUGUUAGAAGGAGGAAUUACACCAACCAUAGGUCUGUUGCAGAUAGUGAAGCAGUAUGUGCAGAUUCCGGUAUUUGUGAUGAUUCGGCCGCGGGGAGGAGACUUCCUUUACUCAGACCGCGAGGUGGAGGUGAUGAAGGCCGACAUUCGGCUCGCCAAAAUCCACGGGGCGGAUGGACUGGUGUUUGGAGCCCUGACAGAGGAUGGCAGAAUUGAUACAGAACUGUGCAUGGAUUUACUUGCUGUCUCUCGCCCCCUUCCUGUCACUUUCCACCGAGCGUUUGACAUGGUGUAUGACCCGCUGUUGGCGAUGGAGACUCUAAUAUCAUUGGGGUUUGAGCGGGUGCUGACCAGCGGGUGCGACAGCUCGGCACUGGAAGGCUUGCCUCUAAUAAAGAGAUUGGUGGAGCAGGCAAAAGGCCGGAUCAUAGUGAUGCCAGGGGGCGGUAUAACAGAGAGGAACCUGCACAGAAUCCUGGAGGGCACUGGAGUUGAAGAGUUCCAUUGUUCAGCCCGAUCUACCAAGGAAUCAUUAAUGAAAUACAGGAACCACUCCGUAUGUAUGGGAGCCGCCAUCACUACCUCAGAGUAUGCCAUCAAGGUUGCCGAUGUGGCCAAAGUCAGGACAUUGAAUGCCAUGGCAAAGAACUUCCUGUGACGUGACACGCCGUCCUCUAGGGGGAGCUGAAGCCGUGAGAUGGAGAAGGCGGAGCAGAGACUUCUUCCUGCUAAAACUCUGCUGGCUGGUGGACAAGUCGAUGGGGGCGGGCGGUGGGGGGACCUCGGUGGAAAUGCUGCUGCAUGUUGGGCUCUUGUACUAAUGAUCGAGGGGAUUGGAUGAGGGAUGUGGCUCAUUGAUCGGCAGAACUGUGAUUGUUCAGUGGGUAGACCAUAUCUGGGCUCGCAAAUACUGUGACCCCCCCUCCCCUCACAGUGGGUGCAUUGUGAGUAUAAAGUCAUUCCUUCCCUUUUA